AAUCUAAACACUCGACAUCAAACAGUCGCUCCGAGAUGGCGGACAAAAUGGAGGGCGUGGUAAUGGGCGGCGGCCUUGUAGACCCCAGCAAAUACCCUGUACCCAUCGAAACUAUCUACGUCAACAACCUCGAGGAGCGCGUAAAGAUCGACACGAUGAAGCAAGCUCUCACCCGCGUCUUCCAAUACUACGGCCCAAUCCUGGAUGUAAUAGCUAAGAGUAGUCUCAAGCGCAAAGGCCAAGCGUUCAUUGUCUUUGACAGCGAGAAGGCAGCGCUAGAGGCGGUUGAGGAGAUGAACGGGUUCGAAAUGUACGGCAAGGUUAUGAAGGUGCACAGGGCGAAGACUCACAGCGACGAGACGGUCAAGCGAAAAGCACCCGACAUGUUUGAGGAUCACAAGAGGAAGCGGUUGACGCUCAAGGAUUUCAAGCGCGCAGAAGAAGACGCCAAAGCGCAAGCCAACCCGAUUGCAGCGGAAAAGCCGCGCGCAGCCAAAACUGGAGCAGCCGCCAUUCCCGACGAAUACGUACGACCAAACAAGACGCUCUUCCUGCAGAACAUUCCCCGGGAUGUCGACGAGGACACGCUUACAGCGAUAUUCGAGCGCUUCGAAGGCUUCAAGGAAGUACGCUUGGUGUCUGUCCGAGCUGUGGCUUUUGCCGAAUUCGAGAACGAGCAGUUUGCCAUUACAGCCAAAGAAGCGACGGCGAACAACCCGAUCGGCGCCGAAGGCAAGCCGAUGAAGGUCACGUACCAACGGCAACAGUAGGUUACUGCGUAACUAUGGAUUUAUUGCUAUGGAUUUUAUGCUUUCAUGAUACCUCGUUCGACAUUUGUUUCAGAUACAGGCCCAUGCAAUAGAUGCCCUGAUUAUCCGAAAAUUGCAUUUUUACAGUUUUAACCCUGGUACAAUACUUAUCUCGCAUUACAGUCUCGACAAGCCCGCAGUUGUAGCCGUAAGAAACACGUGGCCGAACAAUGCUGUAAAAGCAUAUGAGGAGGCUCAAGUGUUCAAGCAGGAAUGCAAGCAUCAUCAGUCUGAGCAUCGCCCCAACAGAAGGUACCGAGAUGGAGCCUAUCACUAAGGCGUCUGCCGGGUACUCAGAAGAUGACGUCUUCGUUGUCCUCGUCGCCCAGCAUGUCUUUGCUCUCAGCAGCAUGCUGCCGGGCCUCGCUUUCCGAAUCCUUUGCGUCUUGCUCCUCAUCGGCCUUCUUCUUGGCUACCCUUGCGGCUUCCUCGACGGCAGCGUCGUUCUGCUUCUUGUUGGACACUUUCUUCAGACGGUAGAACUCCUCUCGGUCC